AUGUCUUCUACCGAGAAUAUUCUAGGCAGUGGCGACCCAGAACACACCAGCAACAGCAACAGCCUGGGCAGCCUCAAGUCUGUCUUCUCCUCCUUGAAACGGGCCGCGACAAACGACAGCAAGAAGAGCGACGCAUCUACGGAAUCAAAGUACGAUCGGCUCAGUGCCCAGCCCGACCCUCUCCCGGACAAUCGCACCGAUAUCGAAGGUCUCCUCAACCGCCAGCUCAGCGCGCUUGACCACCUCCGACGCACCGUCGUUGCGCGCAACCAGGAGAUCAAAGACUACUGCUCUCGCGCCGCCUACUACUACAACAUGCGACCAAAGGUCCCUGCCUCCUUCCUGCGCCAGCUCGACAUCGAGAUUAAGGUCCUCCGUCAACAGCGCAACGGGUUCCAGGGCCUCGUGGAGGCGCGUCACAAUGAGAUCGUGCGCAUGGCGGAGCAUCGAAAGAAGUUGGACGCGGAACAAGGGUUGGAUUGCACCGUUUACGACAUGUACCUCAAUUUCCGCCGCCUCUCUGAAUGGGAGCAGUUGUUCUCGAUCUAA